AGUGGUGGAGUGAUGAUCUACUUUGACCGAAUUGAAGUUGUUAACUUCCUUGUUCCCAGUGCAGUUUAUGAUAUUGUAAAGAAUUUUACUGCAGAUUAUGACAAAGCGUUAAUAUUUAACAAGAUUCAUCAUGAACUGAACCAGUUUUGCAGUGUGCACACAUUGCAAGAAGUCUACAUUGAACUCUUUGAUCAGAUUGAUGAAAACCUCAAACUAGCAUUACAGCAAGAUUUGACAAGUAUGGCACCUGGACUUAUCAUACAGGUAAGUAUGUUAAAAACAGAGCCUAGCCUUGACCACGACGUUCCUAAUAGGAUAGUAGUCAGUUAUGCGGUAGAAUAUGAGGCGCUUUUGCAGCCAUUGCAGUCCACUGAUUUUCAACCGCAGGCCUCUGUUGAUACCAUUUCAGAGUUCCCCAGGCCUUCAGCCUCCAUUUUGCCUUAUAACCUUACGCCUGUUGCCUCUUCAGCUGGAUCCGGAGCCGCUAAGCUGACGCUGGUAUCCGAGGCCUCCGUUUUUCGUUAA